UUUCUUAUAUUAUUUUCCUAUAAAUAUUAAACAAAAAUGUUAUUCUAUUCCUUCUUCAAGUCCUUAGUCGGCAAAGACGUGGUUGUGGAACUUAAAAAUGAUCUCAGUAUAUGUGGUACACUUCAUUCUGUGGAUCAAUAUUUGAAUAUAAAGUUGUCUGAUAUUAGCGUCAUAGACCCAGACAAAUAUCCUCAUAUGUUGUCGGUGAAAAACUGCUUUAUUCGAGGGUCUGUGGUUCGCUAUGUCCAAUUACCAGCCGAUGAAGUAGAUACUCAGCUUCUCCAGGAUGCAGCGCGGAAGGAAGCGACGGUUUCUACAAGAUAGUUUUCAUAACCUCACUUUUUGUGUUUGGAUUUCACAGUGCGGUGUAUUUUGGACUUACAAGAUUGUAUAUAUUAUUUCUAAGUACAAGUUUCGCAAUAAAAGUGUUUAAAUUUAAGUUUUUGGUAACUUUUAUUUCUAUGCUGUUCGAAAAUAAAAUCAACUUUCGUGGCUUACGUUGGAUUGAGAAGUUUGCGGUUUAGUAUAGUCGUUUUUUGUUUAUUUUCCUGUUGCACCCCUUUAAAUAUCCGAUAUUUGUGUAGUAGUCUGUGUGUACCACAACAUUUUUGAUAUAUCUAUGACUACAACCUGUAAAUUAUUGUAAAAGGUUCAUAAGCAAUAUUACUUUUAAUUUUAACUACAAAUUUUGUACAGCAUAAAC